AUGGCUACCAUCAUAGGGGACGUUUUUGCUGAUUCUCCAUCACGCUUCCAUGGUAUGAUUGGCGGCCAUACCCACGACAUCCAUUAUCAGAGCCGGUCUGCGAGCCGAUCCCGCGAUCGCGAAGCCCAGCCCCACCAUACGUCACGCCCGACCGAGAGCCCACGGAGACCUUCAACCUCAUUACCAAGCGCGCCAAACCGCACACCAAGUCGGCGCUGCAGGGACGAACAAGCACAGGAGAAGAGUACCGCAAGGCAACCAGACGCCCGGCUACCCUCGCCGCCACCCUCGUCGUCGUCGUCCCAACCAUCCUCCGCCGGCACGCAACCACAACACGAGAUACCUCGAGAUGGCGUCCAGGACCCAACCCCCGGGUCGUUUUCGGCUUCCAACUCGAGCGCCUCGUCGGCGAGUACCGCCCCAACGGUAAUAGCGCCGCCUUCGAGGUCCAUCCCCUCCCCCGACUCCGACAGCGGUCCACGCUGGAACUCGACACACCUUGAGACGGCCGGUUCUGCAUCCAUCCCCCCAACCCUCGACAAUCCUCCUGAAUCACCGAUACAGACGCAGACCACGGUCCGAGUCCGCGACCUCGCGCAUAUACAGAGCUUGGCAAGAGCGGACAUGCUCAACGGCACGGGGCCGGGCCUUGUAAACGACCCCCCACUACAGCAGAUGAAGUACGAGAUCAGCGGAAUGCCCAUCGGGGACAUCAUUGAGAUGGUCGCUGCGCUGCUGACCAAGAUCACCACCACCAACGACCUCCAGCACGACGCCCUCAACCGCAACGCGCACCACCUCCGGCAGGCCCAGGCGCAGGCAAGGGGCGAGGAAGGGGCCGGUGACGGCAGCAUGACGCCGCUCAGUAGUAGUGUGCUGGCCUUCCACGGCAAAAAUGUGCCCGCCAUUACGAUUCUGAGCUACCUCAGCCGCAUCCACAAGUAUUGCCCGACGACAUACGAGGUCUUUCUCAGCCUACUGGUGUACUUUGACCGCAUGACGGAGCGCGUGAACGACAUGGUCAUGAAGAGCGAGGAAGGGCGGCGCUCGCAGCUUGAGACACAGCAGCCGCAGCCGCCCCCACUACAACAGCCGCGGGUAUCCACCGACGCCGAUAAGGACACGGUGAUGCGCGACCACGACGACGACGACGAGGACUCGAGCGACGCGACCGAGACGGACUCGGAGUUGGCCGAUUCGACAGACGGAGACGAGGUCCCGACCAGUGCAGCGGCGGCGGGGAGGAGACCAUCCGCCGCCAACCCCGUCACCACCCCUGCGGGAGCAGCAGCACAGCCGCAGCAGGCCACCUAUUUUGUCGUUGACAGCUUUAACAUCCACCGCCUCAUCAUCGCGGGCGUCACCUGCGCCAGCAAAUUCUUCUCCGACGUUUUUUACACCAACUCGCGCUACGCAAAGGUUGGCGGCCUCCCCUUACCGGAACUGAACCACCUAGAGCUGCAGUUCCUUCUUCUAAACGAUUUCCGCCUGGCUGUGCCCGUCGAGGACCUCGAGGCCUAUGCCACCAUGCUGGUCGAGUUCUACGCGCGCGAGGUGGUUUCGCAGCGGACGGCGCCCCGCUCGGAUUGA